CUGGAGCUGUUCAGUAUCCUAUGGGUUAAGCUGAGAAUUUCUCUUGCAAGUCAGGAUUGUGCCCUCUUUCUGUGUGAGGCCUGGAGCGGAGCAGGAACUGACCAUGGAACCUGCUGAGAUGUUCAUCUGACUAAAAAUAAACACAGCCUUUCAUAGCAUUCCUCAGAAAGCCUCAUCUCUGGAUUAACGCCUUGACUGCCGGGCCUGGGGCCUGCACUGUUGUGAGCCAGGAAUGGAUGCUUGCUGGGAAUCGGGGCCUGUGCAUGGCUUAAGCCUUGUUGCUACACUAUGGUGAAGGCCGUGAUGUAGACAUCUGAAGAGGGAGCCUGAUAAACCCGUCAUUACUGUUGUCUGAGCUGUCAGAAGUCACUUGGCGUUGGCUGAGGAGCUAAUGGGUGGGCAAUUCCCCGUCUGACCUGUACAACGCUGGAGGAUGGCCGAACCCCGCUUUAACAAUCCUUAUUUUUGGCCUCCACCUCCAGCAAUGCCCAGCCAGUUGGAUAACCUGGUGUUAAUCAAUAAGAUUAAGGAGCAGCUGAUGGCUGAGAAGAUCCGACCUCCUCAUUUGCCUCCGACGUCUGUCCCAUCGCAGCAACUUCUCAUUCCAUCGCAUUCGCCUGCGGAGACCAGCCAGUCCGUCAUGUCCUUACAGAAGCUACAGCAAGUCCAAGGUCUGCACCCACACGCCGUUCCCCAGCCAGAUGUGGCAUUACAUGCCCGGCCCGCCAGCAGCUCUGUCACUGCUGGGUUCUCUUCUUACUUUGCAGGGCUGGGUCUGUCCUCCUCCCGCAGCAACGUCAGCACCUCGGAGUCCAGUACCGGUACUAGCAGCGGUACACCCUCCACCCCGACCUCCAACAGCCAGACGCGGCUCAUCGCCACCUCCCCCACCCUCAUCUCAGGAACGCUAGAUUCCAUAAAGACCAUCCAGGGGCACGGUCUGCUCGGCCCCACCAAGCCAGAGAGGGGACGAAAGAAAAUCAAAGCAGAGAACCCACCCGGACCGCCGGUGCUUGUCGUGCCAUACCCCAUCUUGGCCUCGGGAGAUAUCGGAAAGGAGGGAAAAACCUAUAGGUGUAAGGUUUGCCCUUUGACCUUCUUUACCAAGUCCGAGAUGCAGAUUCACUCCAAGUCCCACACAGAGGCCAAACCUCACAAGUGCCCGCAUUGUUCUAAGUCGUUUGCCAAUGCUUCAUACCUAGCACAGCACCUGCGCAUCCACCUCGGCGUCAAGCCCUACCACUGCUCGUACUGCGAGAAAUCCUUCCGCCAGCUCUCUCAUCUUCAGCAGCACACCAGGAUUCAUACUGGAGACCGGCCCUACAAAUGUCCGCAGCCCGGCUGUGAAAAGGCUUUCACCCAGCUCUCCAACCUGCAGUCUCACCAGCGACAGCACAACAAAGACAAACCGUACAAGUGUCCCAACUGCUACCGAGCGUACACAGACUCUGCCUCACUUCAAAUCCACCUCUCGGCCCACGCCGUCAAGCACGCCAAGGCGUAUUGCUGUAGUAUGUGCGGGAGAGCGUACACAUCGGAAACCUAUUUGAUGAAGCAUAUGUCCAAACAUACUGUGGUCGAACAUCUGGUCAACCACCAUUCUCCUCAGAGGACCGAGUCUCCUGGCAUUCCCGUUAGAAUUUCCCUCAUAUAGAGCAAGCGAGAGCAGCCUUGGAGAGGGUGACCAAAAACUAAGGGCAGCUCGAGCGGCUGCCCCCUGUCCACAGUUGUCUGGCUGGGAAAUAAGUCCAGGAAUGAGACCACCACCUUCUGUCUCAGACCCUGUUGUCGGCUCCGGUGGUGGCUGCCCCUGGAUUCCUUACAUUUCUCCAACCUAUGGAUACAAAUGGAUUUUACCUCUGGAUUUAUGCCUGUCGUUGGUUGCCCUUGGGGAUUACAAAGCUUUCAUUUGGCUAAACCAGUUCUUCAUACAAGCGGACGUCACCUUGGAACCACAGCAACUUCUGAUUGGCUGGCUUCAGGAGUGCUCAUGGAUUGGCUGAGCUUUGGAAGUCACAUGGGGUUCCGAGUGUCUGCCCUGGGUGUGAGACUUUGUGUACAUUGAUUAGCCCACAGUAGGUGACAUGCGGAAUCCCCAGCUGAGCACUUUUAAUCUCUCACAUUUUAUAUCUUUAUGUUUCUCUAACCUUUUUUUAUCCUCCAUUUUUUACAUAUAAGAAAACAAUAAUAAAAAAAAUAAAAUCCUAUUUAUUGGCCAAGAAUUUGGUGCUGCUAAUCGGGGAAAUGAAAUAAAACAUAAGCAGAAGGAGAGGAUGAGCUGCGAUGCUCUGCACCGUGACUGCUCUGCUCCCGGACUGGACUGAUCAGCGAGACGCCACAUCACUGCUGACUGCGCUUGAGAACUGACCAAAUGUUGUUGCUUUCGGCUGAGGGUCCUAGUGUGUUCAUGUCCCUGCCAGCCUGGCGCUGAGUUCCGGGAGAGGGGGCUGGGGAGUCGGACGCGUUACCCUGCGUUGUCGGACUGGAGAAAGCGGCUCAGUGGUGACACCUGCCGUGGAUGUGUAACGGCCCCUCUCCCAUUCUGCUCUCCCUUCUGACCUGACCAUACAUGAUAAGCUCCUGGUGGUCUGGCAGGAUCCUCUAUGUUCCUGAUGUGCAGCUGAGAGACCUUUGUGUGUGUGUGUGUAUGUAUAGAGCAUUUUCUGAUGGAGAAGGGCCAUUUGGGCCGUCUGAGGCUCCGCAGAUAGAACACCAUGCCUCACACCUUCUAACCAUACUCUGCACUUAGCACGUAGAGACUUUCCUCUCCAGCUUGUACUGAAGACGCGCCCCAUCCACUGACAGGUCCUGUAUGCUGAUCCGUGCCCCCACGUCAUCAGUAUAGCUUUCAGGGGGCUUCUGUUGAGUGACGGUCACAGUCUGGGCUGGACAGGUCCUGGGAGCUGAUGCACUUAGUAAGUCACCUGCCUGUUUGGGGUGACGUCCCCGCUGGUUCCCAGGCUCGCUGACUGGCUCCUCCAUUCCACAUUAUUUCUCACCUCUGGUCACAAGCGAUGCGUGUUGCCUGUGUACGGAGUCACCUAGAGUGAAACUAAACAUAAAUAAAUUAUUGUAUGAAAAUGCCACUUAUAUAUACAUAUAUAUAUAUAUAUAUAUAUAUAUAUAUAUAUAUAUAAAAAUAUAUAUCUGCUCACUAAUGUGUGAGUGAUAGCUGGAUGCAUCAGCUGUAUGGUCUGGGCCAUUGUGAGUCGGCAUUGUGUCAGCGUCCUGAGUGACCAGACGACGAGCGCUUCACCUGGUAAUAACAAGAUUCUAUUUCCGUCUUUGGUUUCACUCUACUGACCCCAGGAUUGUUGAUGAACGGGUGAGCCAGGUUCUGUCCGUGUCACUGAUGAGGUCAGAGGUCCUGUACCAGGCAGGCUCAGCGAUGUAGCAAUAACACUGCCGCCAGUACUAUGUACCCCGAUAGGUGGACACUUACCUCCCACACUGUAACUCAGGACUGUUCAGGAAAUCUGCGUCAGGCCAGUCCCUGGGGAGUCUUGUAUACGUAGAGCUUAUUGGCAGAGUUAUACCCACAUUCCGAGGCGUUCCGUCAUUACCGGGUGCAGAGUAACGGCAGGUGGCUGGGAUUUGUAGUCCCAUUUCAGGGCUGUGGCUGUGUGUGAUUGAGGCAAUCUACAUCAUUCAUUUAAAGCAGAGAGGCGAGGGAACCUGCAGAGCUUACGUGACCUGGGGUAAUUCCUGCAGGCGUCACGAUGUCGCAGUGUGACGCACGUUCAUAUAACAUGACGUACAUCUGCUUUAUUCCAUUACCGUCAUAUCAUGAUCACACCCUUCCCCCCGCUGUGAUUCCCCGGCCACCACCUCGCAGUGAUUCCCCGGCCACCACCCCACAGUGAUUCCCCGGCCACCACCCCGCAGUGAUUCCCCGGCCACCACCUCACAGUGAUUCCCCCACCACCACCACCCAGCAGUGAUUCCCCCUUCACCACCUCGCAGUGAUUCCCCGGCCACCACCUCGCAGUAAUUCCCCGGCCACCACCCCGCAGUGAUUCCCCAGCCACCACCUCACAGUGAUUCCCCCGCCACCACCCUGCAGUGAUUCCCCGUCACCACCUCACAGUGAUUCCCCCGCCACCACCCUGCAGUGAUUCCCCGUCACCACCUCACAGUGAUUCCCCCGCCACCACCCUGCAGUGAUUCCCCCACCACCACCCUGCAGUGAUUCCCCCGCCACCACCUCGCACUGAUUCCCCUGCCACCACCUCACAGUGAUUCCCCCGCCACCACCCUGCAGUGAUUCCCCGUGACCACCUCACAGUGAUUCCCCCGCCACCACCCUGCAGUGAUUCCCCCACCACCACCCUGCAGUGAUUCCCCGUCACCACAAUAACAUUUAUUGUACACGUACCAUAGGACCCCAUAGAGCUACAAUCCUUACAUCUGAUCUUCUUGUUGUAUGCAGAGGUAGAAUAAGAUCCUGACCCUAAGUUUUAUAGUUUAAUAAAUUAUGUGGGUGUGUGCUGAAAAACGCAUCCCUAUAAGUCAGUAUUCAGCCAAUGGUGAUCCCUGAUCUGUGUGUGUGUAUACAGGUUACACACAGUCUCUGCUGGCUCUGUGUGUAUACAGGUUACAGGGCAUCGAUGUCCCCCAACAUCUGUAUAGGCUCUGUGUAUACAGGUUACAUGGUCCCCUGACGUCACUGCUGGCUCUGUGUGUAUACAUUGUAACACAGAACCAGGCCAGUCUACAUUUCAUCUGCUCUUUAACAGCUCUGCCUCAGACCAUUACACCCCUCUCACACUGCCGCAAAGCCCGGGACGCGAGAAGGGUCAUUCCCCGGAAGGACUUGGGUAACCCGGGUCAUCCAGCCCAGGUCCCACUAACACUGUAUGGAGAGCCAGGCGAUGACGUCCUCUCCAAGCCCCGGCAGUACCCCUGCACUGUGACACGGCAGUACCCCCGACCUGUGACACGGCAGUACCCCUGCACUGUGACACGGCAGUACCCCUGCACUGUGACACGGCAGUACCCCUGCACUGUGACACGGCAGUACCCCCGACCUGUGACACGGCAGUACCCCUGCACUGUGACACGGCAGUACCCCCGACCUGUGACACGGCAGUACCCCCGACCUGUGACACGGCAGUACCCCUGCACUGUGACACGGCAGUACCCCGCACGGCUGGAGACCUGUGGUCAGUGUCCUGGGCUGGACCCGGGAGUUUGGUAAGAAAGGGACAUUACUGGCGGCUUUUUAACUCACACAAGUUGUAUUUUAGGAUCUGUGGGUUGGAACGCCUCAAUCAGCCUUUUGUAUAACACACAUGGUAUGUGCCGGAAUUGUGAUUCAUGUCGGCAUACUGACACCGGCAUUACAAGCAGUUGUGGGAUUCCGCCGUCGGUAUUUCAACUGCCGGGAUCCUGACCGGAUCCCAUAUUUUACAGUAACAUGGGAAAGCAUUGUGUUCUGUGGUCAGGAAAUAGGACCUCCGCCUUCACACAGCGUUACAGGUUUCAGCCUCGAUACUAAACCCCGCGGCCUGGUCACUGUGACAGAUCACGUCUCAUUAUCAUCCCCUGACAUCUGAAAUCAGAGAUGGAGGAUCCCCCAAACAGUGUAUCUGGUGACAGGUGUAGGAGCAACAGACCUCUAAUCACCUUAAAGUGCUGGCAGGAUGGCCCCCAUAGUGCUGCAUAGGGGCGACCCAGGGAGGAAGGUAGGGGCGACCCCAAGGUGGAAGGUAGGGGAGACCCCAGGGAGGAAGGUAGGGGCGACCCCAGGGAGGAAGGUAGGGGCGACCCCUGGGAGGAAGGUAGGGGCGACCCCAGGGAGGAAGGUAGGGGCGACCCCUGGGAGGAAGGUAGGGGCGACCCCAGGGAGGAAGGUAGGGGCGACCCCAGGGAGGAAGGUAGGGGUGACCCAGGGGACCCGUUUUAGGAGCAGCUUCCGGAGGCUUUGUGGCGUGUCUCAGCCCAUAGACUAGAUACAGUAAGUGUGCAGCUCGCACCUAAUGGACUCGGCCCCUGAGGUGUGUUGUCUGCAGUGUUUCUGUACUCCAGCAUGCCCUUGCUGGUGUCACAUGAGUGGGUGCGGCCUGGCGGGGGAGUAGAACUGCGUGGGCGGUAGUUGUGUCCUGGCACUGAUUGAAUGAACGUUUCCUGCCAUGUACAAAGGUCCGGGAGACAUUUAUAUCUCAGAACAUCAUGGAACCAUGGAGCUGUGCCCAGUAGACCCCAUUAUCCAUUCCCAGUGACGUACUGAUCCUCACAUCCCAGUUACUGGGCAUCCCUUGUGGUCGUGGCUGAGGGGAGACCCUUACCUUCCAUUCUCACGUCACCUGGUCUCGUCUCUAAUCCUGGGGAGGGGGGAUUCCCGCGCUCACCUACGUGUUGUUGUAUCAGGAGCAGAUGAUUAUUUCUAGAUGGAUUUUAUGAAGCUUGCAUUAACAGUAGUGUACCAAAAGUCAGAACCAGUUACCUCUCCUCCUUCUGAGGCCCCCGUCACCAUAUUACCCGGGGUGGUCACUGUAUUGUAUCCCUUAUAUACUGUCCAGUUAACUCUCCUCCUUCUGAGGCCCCUGCCACCAGUUUACCUGGGGUGGUCACUGUAUUGUAUCCCUUAUAUACUGUCCAGUUACCUCUGCUCCUUCUGAGGCCCCCGUCACCAGAUUACCCGGCGUGGUCACUGUAUUGUAUCCCUUAUAUACUGUCCAGUUACCUCUCCUCCUUCUGAGGCCCCCGUCACCAGAUUACCCGGGGUGGUCACUGUAUUGUAUCCCUUAUAUACUGUCCAGUUACCUCUCCUCCUUCUGAGGCCUCCAUCACCAGACUACCCGGGGUGGUCACUGUAUUGUAUACCUGUGGACUUAUCCCUUUCAUACUGUCCAGAGAUUUUUCCAGCUGGGAGGGAGAGUUCUGCUGCAUCACUACAAGGUCCCUUUCCUGUUCCAUGACCUCUGUGCUUUUUGGUAAUGACCCUACAUCUUGCCACCUCCCUAUUGAGUUGGUUGCCCCGUCCCAGAUUGGGGGUUUACCCAACAGUCCCAGGGACAGCUCGCUGUGUACAGAGCGGUAACCUGCUGUAUACGCUCCUCAGAUUACUCUGUAUACGUUCCUCCAACUGUAACUGUUAUUUUUAUACACGUUUUAAGCCUUAACUAUAUUGUUACUUUAACAGUUGUAUGUUUUAUUAUCAUUUGUUUCCUUUUGUUGUUAGGCUGAAUCUGGCUGCCCCUCUCCCUGCUUCUAAUGUGUUGUGUAAGGGUUAUGCAAGACUGACCUUACCCCUCGGCAUGUUAAUAAUGUGUAAAUACGCUAAUAUACUUAUUAACACCUUUCUUUUCUAUAUGAAAUACAAGCCACAUGUAUGUAGAGCCUAGCUAUCUCAUUCAGUAACGUCUCCACCAGGACAGCUGAGGAAUCAGUCUGCAUUAUGUACAAAAAAAUGAGGAAAAUGGAAAAAAAAAAUUUGACAAGUUGCUAUUUGUAUCUGUUGUGAGAAUAAACUUGUAAAUGCAACAUUUGUAUAAAACAAA